CAGCAAGGACGCACAGCUCACACAAUCCCUUCGAAGGAAAUCAGCAGCCGACAUACCGAACGACCUGCCACAACAUUCCAAUUCAAAUCCAAUCCAAUCCAGACUUUGAAGUCCUGUAAAGCGUUUUACAUUCCGCUUACAUAAAUGCUAGAGCGCUGUAAAAAUCGGCGCUAGAAACGCCAAUUAGCCAAACAUGUUAGCCAUGUUUUAGUCGGUCCUUUCGCGCUUGACUUGUUUUGCAACUGUGUGCGUACGUUUGAGUGUGCGAGUGCCGCCCGAUUUUGUUUGUCCUUUUUUUUUCUGUUGGUGUCUCACCGAGUGCCGUUUUAAGCCAAGAUACUACAGACAUACUAGCGACUAGCUAAUACAUAUUAACUUGUUGUGCCAGCGUUUUGUGUGUGCCAGUCAGCCUCUGCUGAGUGCAUUUUCAUUAAAGUCAACAAGUUGCAGCCGCAUAAGGUCAAAUAAAAGCAGCCAGAGCCAAAAUGAUGGCGACGUCACAGGAUUAUUUUGGCAAUCCAUACGCCCUUUUCCGUGGACCGCCCACAACUCUGCGGCCGCGCGAGUCGCCGCUGGGCGUGGGCCACCCUCACGGUCAUGGGCACCUGCACAGCCACGCCCAUGCCCACGGGCACGGCCACGCCCACUCGCAUUACGCGGCCUUGGACUUGCAGACGCCGCACAAGCGGAACAUCGAAACGGAUGUGCGGGCACCGCCGCCGCCAUUGCCGCCGCCACCGCUUCCGCUUCCGCCCGCAUCCCCUAGGUAAGCCUCCCCACCCCCCCCCCCCCCCCCGAAAAAGAGUAAAACCAAAAUGGGGGAGGAAGAGAGAAAGUGGGCAGUUUAACACCAGAUCGAAGACGAGCAAAGAAUUGCGGAGAAAUCAAAAAACCAAAAGCCAAUUCACAUUGGCAUAUCAUCAGCAACACACAUCAACACACUUCUCUGCUAUGUCUGCAAUCAACCAAAAUAUCGAAAAAAGAAAAACAAAAAGAGUCAACAUCAAUUUUAAAGUUUUUACGUUGGUUCAAAAGAGUUUAAAAUGCCCUUAACUAUUAACGCCCAAAAGUAAACGUAGAUUAAAGUAAUAUUAGCCAAUCAAUCGUAAAAUAUCAGCUUUCAUUUUUUAAACCUUACCAAUGGACUUUGAUCCCAUCAAUUGCAAAUCUAAAGUAGAGAAAUAGAGAGAGAUAAGAGAUAUAAUAUCACUAACCAAAAGUGUUUGCCACGAGUAUUAAAAUGUUAACUACUACAAUAGAAUACGUAUUAUGUUUAAUUCGCUAGUAUGUAUAAGCAAACUAACUGCAAGAAACAACACCAACUAAUUAAUAUUCAAUAGCAUAAUGCUAAUAUCGUAAGAAUAUCAUAGAUUUAAGGCAGAGCAUUUCAGACAGCACUUGUACCGUUCUAGACUUAAGAAUUCGAAGUAUACGUAACUCAAGCAAUUCAAUAACAAUAACUAAGUAGAAAUUCUUUUCAAAAUAAUACUAUACACGAAUACUUCAGUCAAACCCCCUACAAUAUUACUGAGAUAAACAUAUAGUAUUAUAUAGCCAAAGCCAGGAAAGGAGUUGUAAGCCAUUGCAUAUAUAUAUUUGGUAGAUAAAGAACAGCUAACGAAAGGGUCCACAAGCUACCCAUAACUUACUUAGAAUAACUAAACACAACUAGCCAAGAAGUAGAUAUACAUAUAUAUAUCGAGUUUUGCUAAUAUCAAAGUAUACGUAAAUUGAAAACCAAGAAUUUUGCCUAGCUUAAAUAACACUCUUUCAAAGCAAUACCAUAAACAAUAAUUACAAGUUAACGCAACUAAACACAUAUUGUAUACCAGAUAGUUUAUGCCUAAACACUACUAGUAGCCCUAAGUCCUAGGCAUAAACCGAGCACCACGGCGAGAUAUGCACCCAUGUAAAAUGCAGAAAUUAAUUACCAAGAGUACAAACUGUAAAGGAAACCCCUAUUGAAGCUCAAUUGGCCAGCCCAUCUAGUGUAGCACUAAGUAGUUCGUAAUCGUAAGCAAUUGUAAGGCAAACACUUUUCAAGUGAGCGAAAUAUCAAGCAAACUGUGAGAAUUCGAGGACGUGUGACGAUGGAGCAACCCUUCCCCCCCAGAUCGAAAGAGAGAGAUAUCAUCAAUCAACAUUCCCGUGCCCGGAGGAGCUGCUCUUCAAUCAACACUCAACCCGAACUGGGCCCUCAAAAGCCCGGCAACCUAAAGUUAGUCCUUUCAUUAGCCUCUUCUAUCAAUUAGUUAGUCAGCCAACGUUUCUCUCUCUCAUAAUUCUAACCGAAAGUAAGCAUAGAAAAGAACCAAUACUUCAAUCAACAUACCCACAAAAAAAAACAAAUUCCCACCAACUGGCGCGGUACAACACUGACCAAGGAGCGAUGGACCAGCAAUUCUGCUUGCGCUGGAACAAUCAUCCCACAAAUUUGACCGGCGUGCUAACCUCACUGCUGCAGCGGGAGGCGCUAUGCGACGUCACGCUCGCCUGCGAGGGCGAAACAGUCAAGGCUCACCAGACCAUCCUGUCAGCCUGCAGUCCGUACUUCGAGACGAUUUUCCUACAGAACCAGCAUCCACAUCCCAUCAUCUACUUGAAAGAUGUCAGAUACUCAGAGAUGCGAUCUCUGCUCGACUUCAUGUACAAGGGCGAGGUCAACGUGGGCCAGAGUUCGCUGCCCAUGUUUCUCAAGACGGCCGAGAGCCUGCAGGUGCGUGGUCUCACAGAUAACAACAAUCUGAACUACCGCUCCGACUGCGACAAGCUGCGCGAUUCGGCGGCCAGUUCGCCGACCGGACGUGGGCCGAGUAAUUACACUGGCGGCCUGGGCGGCGCUGGGGGCGUGGCCGAUGCGAUGCGCGAAUCCCGCGACUCCCUGCGCUCCCGCUGCGAACGGGAUCUGCGCGACGAGCUGACGCAGCGCAGCAGCAGCAGCAUGAGCGAACGCAGCUCGGCGGCAGCAGCGGCGGCGGCGGCAGCAGCAGCGGUAGCGGCCGCUGGCGGCAAUGUGAAUGCGGCUGCCGUCGCCCUGGGCCUGACCACGCCCACCGGCGGCGAACGAUCUCCGAGCGUGGGCAGCGCCAGUGCAGCGGCGGCAGCUGCAGCGGUAGCGGCUGCGGUGGCAGCGGCCGCCAAUCGAAGUGCCAGCGCCGAUGGAUGCAGCGAUCGGGGAAGCGAACGCGGUACGCUCGAGCGGACGGAUAGUCGCGAUGAUCUAUUGCAGCUGGAUUAUAGCAACAAGGAUAACAACAAUAGCAACAGCAGUAGUACCGGCGGCAACAACAACAACAAUAAUAAUAACAACAACAAUAGCAGCAGCAACAAUAACAACAGCAGCAGCAAUAGGGAGCGCAACAACAGCGGCGAACGUGAGCGGGAGCGAGAAAGAGAGCGUGAGCGGGACAGGGACAGGGAGCUGUCCACCACGCCGGUGGAGCAGCUGAGUAGUAGUAAGCGCAGACGUAAGAACUCAUCAUCCAACUGUGAUAACUCGCUGUCCUCGAGCCACCAGGACAGGCACUACCCGCAGGACUCUCAGGCCAACUUCAAGUCGAGUCCCGUGCCCAAAACGGGCGGCAGCACAUCGGAAUCGGAGGACGCCGGCGGUCGCCACGACUCGCCGCUGUCGAUGACCACAAGCGUUCAUCUGGGCGGCGGUGGUGGCAAUGUGGGCGCGGCCAGCGCCCUUAGCGGUCUGAGCCAGUCGCUGAGCAUCAAGCAGGAGCUGAUGGACGCCCAGCAGCAGCAGCAGCAUCGGGAACACCACGUGGCCCUGCCCCCAGAUUACUUGCCGAGCGCCGCUCUAAAGCUGCACGCGGAGGAUAUGUCAACGCUGCUCACGCAGCAUGCUUUGCAAGCAGCAGAUGCGCGGGACGAGCACAACGACGCCAAACAACUGCAGCUGGACCAGACGGACAAUAUCGACGGCUCCAAGGCCUGGCACAUGCGGCUAACUUUCGAGCGCCUCUCGGGCGGCUGCAACCUGCACCGUUGCAAGCUGUGCGGCAAGGUCGUCACGCACAUCCGCAACCACUACCACGUCCAUUUUCCGGGCCGCUUCGAGUGUCCGCUGUGCCGGGCCACCUAUACGCGCAGCGACAAUUUGCGCACCCACUGCAAGUUCAAGCAUCCCAUGUACAAUCCGGAUACGCGCAAGUUUGACAACCUAAUGUCCUCGUCGGCGGUGGGGGCGGCUGCCACGCCCACGGCCAGCCAAUUGGCGGUGGCCUCCCAAGCGGCGAUGGCAGCGGCAGCCGCGGCGGCCUUCAAUGCAGCGCAACAGCAGCAACAGCAGCAGCAGCAGCAGCAACAACAUCAACACCAGCAGCAGCAGCAGCAUCAGCAGUCGCAACAGCAGCAGCAGCAACAGCAGCAGUCGCAACAACAACUCCAUGCCCUUGCGCAGCAGCACAUGCUGCAAUUGCAGCCGCAACACCACCAGCAGCAGCAGCACAAUGCCACAAGUGAAUGAUACAGUCAGUACCUGGGCUGGAACUACGGCGCCUGGCGUCCCGAUGACCCCAACCCCAAGCAGCAGCAACAGCAGCCACAUCGCAAGGCUCAGCCCUUCAACUUCUAUGCCCGCGACUAUUACUACCAGCAACAUCAGCAGCAGCAGCAACAGCAGCAGUCACCCAUCAGCAGCAUGAGCAACGGCAACAUGCGGCAGCAACAGCAGCAGCAGCAGCAACAUCGACGCCAGCAGCAACUUCCGCCUGCGCAGACGAUCAUCAUCGAUGAGAGCGACAAUGAGCUGGAGGAGGAGCAGCAGAUGAGGCUGAGCUUUGAGCGGUACAUGGAGCAGCUGAAGCAGCUGGCGCCCUACGAUCCCCAAGAAACUUUGUGCAAUAGCAACACCAAUAACAUUAGCAACAGCAACAGAAACAACAAUAGUAACAGCAACCGCAGCGGCGAACCAACGAAUGCCAAUCAAAUGGAAGCUACUACAACUACUACUAAUAGUAAUAAUAAUAAUAACAAUAGCUAUGCUAACCACAGCACUAGGAACUACAACAAAAGGCAGCAGGAGUAGCAACAGCAACAGCAGCAACAGCAACCAAUUGAUACUCAAAGCAAAUGUAAUUUAGACGAGAAACGCGAAUAAGUUCUUAAAUGUUGAAUCGAUUUAAGGGUAAGCCAAAUUUGUUUGUCAAUUAUGUAGGCGAAAAUUGAAGAGGAUUGGAAAGGAGAGGAGAGGAUGCAUUUCAUUUCCGGCUGCGAGGAGGAAUCCAAUGCUGAUCGGUGCAAAUGGAGGCGACACAUUGUCCAGGUUUCAACUAGAUACGGAUGUUGCAGUCACCCACACGCACUUAUAUACAGAAUGCAGUAUAUAGUAUACAGUAUACAGUAUACAGUAUAGUAGGAGAAUUAUUCGCAAUGGAGUUUUAAUUGCAAAAGUCUUGUUCGUGGGGCAAGCAAAAGGGUUUCCCAGCCAGCUGAAAGCAGAGGGUGGAAAGCAAAAAGGUUUUAACUACAGUAGUAGCAGCACUCAAAUAUUUACAACAAGGAAAAACCCACAAUAAAAGAAUCACAUAAAGAAAGAAGCUUAAAACUAAACUUAAACUAAUUGUAUUUCGAAGCUACUCAUACUACAUAUAUAUGGAAUUACAAAUUUUACGAACUAAAAUCGUUGGACCUGUCAGACAUUUGUGCCAAAAUCUCUUGGUGGUAGUGCCAACUUCCUUGGCUGCACUCUCUCUCUCUCUCUCUCUAUUUAAUUGCACCUGUUCGUUGUUGCAUUUAACACUAGUAUGUGCACACCCGCACACAGACACACACACACACACACACAACCCAACCCAAACACCCACACUAACCCACCCGGAAACCACUCUGAUACUCUAUAGGAAAUGAAAAGAAGUUAGGAGCAAACACCGAACAUUGAAGACAUUUUAACGAGAGAUUUCUAUGCUGCUAACCAUUUUACUGUUUUAUAUAAAUGUAACAUUAAUUACGAUCUAAUCGAUGUCGUGUUUUGCGCAUAAUAACAACAAAUUGUAAAAUAGAAUAAUAGCGUUACUCCUCGACUCGAUCGACAUUUAAAGAUAUUCUCUGCAUACGAGUUUAGAUGUAUCUAUGAUGUACAAAUCGGUGCGUUUGAUCGAUGUUAGUUGACCCUGAAGACAUGCAUUACGGUAGCCCUAAUCUUAGCGAAGCAGUUUUAAACUAAUCUAAUCUUAACUAAAACUAAAAGUAAAACUAAACUAAACUAAUUCACUGAUUACGGAUACUAAACUAAUGUUAAUUUAUUUAUAACCAUUGCGGGAGUGUGUGCGAAUGAGUCUCGACGUGAGCAAUUGCCGCUGGAUCCAAUCCAAACCGAUCAUCUUAUAUGAUCUAAUCCCAAUCCGAUCUGAUCUGAUGUAUUAUAGUUAGCGAUAACAUCGCUAUCGAUCCAAUUGUCAAUGCAUGUAGCCGAGUUUGUUAUCCAGUCUAUAUGAUAUAAUACAUAUGCUACCUACUUAUAUGCACACUUCCGUGGGCUAAUAUUGAUUUUGCAGACUCUACUUGCGGUGUAAAUAUGAUUGGUGAUUCUUUCCCGAUUUCUGCUAGUUAAUGUAUAUUUAAAUCAGUUUUUUUGUAAUUUGUUGUUGUACAUUGAUUGCCAAAACCCCGAUAUUGGUGCGCGCACACGAACACACAAACACGAGCAUAUGCAUAUGCGGACAAACACACACACACACAAACACACACAGAAAGGUCUAAUUGCCUAAGGAAUUAGUGCAUAAUUAAAGUCUAUGAAAUAUAUAGUUAUAUGUUAUAUACACACAUAUUCAUAAUAUUUAUUUGUUCUACUUCUUAACAUGAAAUGUUUAGGAAUUAAAUUUACAUUAUUAAUAAUGCUACAUCAAAUACUGCCCCCGACUUAAUGUUUGUUUAAUGUUUAUUUUUAACGCUGUUUUGUUAAACAAAAAUUUAAGAAAUUUAUCUAUUAUAUGAUGUGAUAACUAUAGUAAAACUAAACACACACGCACACACACAAACGAAACACACAUGAAAACACCCACACAUUACAAAUUGAAAUUAUGUUAAUUAAGCAGGAGAGUUGAGCGUUGAAGUUUUUUUAAAAAACAAUCGAAAGAAUUCUAUCAUUUGUGUGGUAUGCAAAAUGGUGCUAAAUCCAAAUAUACUUUAAAGUAUACCGAGUAGAACGAGAGGAGGCCAGUACUCCUUGAAUCGUAUCGUAUGUGCAAUAUGACUAGUUUUCGUUUAAGGUGCAGGAGGAUGGAUAAUGGAUGAUGAAUGAUGUAUGAUGAAUGAUGGUGACGAGACCACGCAAAUGCCAACCACUUGAAUUAUGCGAAUAAAGAAAAACAAAAAAACAGAAAAAAAAACACAAAAACUAAACACACAAAGUAUAUGUAAAUACAAAGCGGUGCUAAGCCCCCCCCCGAAAUAGGCGGAAAUAAGUAAUGAUAUUCAAAGUCCUUUUAAAUGUCGCAAAAUGGGUAGAGACACCAGCCGAAAACAAAAUAAGUGUUAGCAUAUCACUAUGAAUAUGAUUAUGAAUAUAUAUAUAUAUAUAUAUAUAUAUGCAUAUAUAUAUAUAUACGUCUGAUAUAGCAGCAGAGCAGUUAGUUAAUGGUAACUUUUCGCUACGAUUUCUGUGUCUAUUUACAAUAAAUGUCAUAAAGCUUAUCAAAUUACCGAGCACACCACCACCACCAACACCACCCACCCAAAAACCACACACAGCCCCAUUUGAAAAAAAAAGAAACAAAAAACACUCUCAUAUUUAUUUUGGUGCCUUUUCGAACCAUUUUGAGUUCAGUAAUUGAUUUCGAUUUUGCCUUGACUUUGACUUCGUUUAACCAACUUUAACAGCAUUUUCGCAGUCGAUCAGAAGUGGUUUGAAUCCCUAAUUUUAAUGACGUGCUAGUUUCAAUGUAAACUUAGUUUAAUCUAAUUUUUGUAUUAAUAAUAAAUGCAAUACAAACUAUUUUUAGUUUUAUUUAUAAACAACAACCGUAGCGGCAGCAGCAAUGAAAGCUAAAAAAAAAACGAAAAUAGAAAAACGCAGAAAAAAAUGAAAUCAGUUUAAUUAAAGUUUAAGCAAAUUGAAGCAAGCCCACGAAAUGCUUGCAGCAUUUGUUACAAUUUAUAUAUACACAUAUAAAUAUAUAUUACAAUAUUUUUUAAAACCAUUUUUAAUAAACAUUCUAUCUAUUAUGGCAGCCUUUCAAUGAAAACAAAUUGAAUUACUAAACAAAAACAAGCUAAACCGUAAUAAAAUCAUAAAACUAUAACUGAUGAACAGGCAGAUGUACCAAUCUCACACAUACACACACGCACAGACAGACAGACAGACAGACACACACACACACCAACAAACAAAUGAAACAAAACAAAACAAAAAUCAAAACUAAAUCAAAUAAAUUGAAUUUUAUGGAAAC